AUGUCGUUACCGGCCUGCAUGCUCUUGGUUUAUGUCGUGCAAAAGGUUUAUCUUCGGACAUCGAGACAACUCCGACUUUUGGAGCUUGAGUCCCGCGCAGGGGUCUUCUUAAAUUUUUUGGAAUGCGUCGAGGGCCUCGAAACCAUACGGUCGUUUGGUUGGUCCAGGGCUGCAAUACAGGACAACAUCCGAAGCGUCGAUAACUCCCAACGUCCAGAGUUCCUCCUUCUGUGUCUCCAGAGGUGGCUCAACCUCGUCCUAGAUCUCUUGGGGGCAGCUGUUGCAACGAGUGUUGUUGCUAUAGCUGUAGCUUUCCGCGGGCAUGUCAGCGGUGGACAAGUCGGAAUCGCGCUCAACAUUAUGCUCGUAGCAAACACGACAUUACUAAAACUUGUGGAGAAUUGGACUACGCUAGAGACUUCUCUGGGUGCAAUUGCUCGGUUGAAAACGCUUGAAAAAACGACCGCGGUUGAGGGUGGAAGAGGCUGGGACUCAAAAACCCCCGAAAAUUGGCCUUCCAGAGGACAUAUUGUGUUCAAAAAUAUCACCGCAUCUUACCAGUCGGGGGUGAUUGCUCUACGGAAUCUGAGCCUGAAUGUUCCUGCGGGUCAGAAACUCGUCGUGUGCGGGCGCACAGGCAGCGGUAAAAGCACGUUACUCCUCUCGCUCCUACGGCUUCUGGAGCUACAAUCCGGCCAGAUCGAGCUCGAUGGCGUUGAUAUCAGGCAGGUGAGGCUAGAUAUCCUACGACGACGGUGCUUCGUUGCAGUGUCUCAAGACCCUUUGUUGUUGCCGAACGAGACCUUGCGCUUCAACUUAGACCCGGAUGCCUCAAUAUCAGACGACGCCCUCGUUGUUGCAUUGAACAAAGUGGGAUUGUGGUCCCAUUUCUUCGAAGGCCACACGUACUUUGGGGGAGAGCCAGCUACCGUCAUCAAUAUCCCAGGCUCUGGUGAACAUCCAAUCCUCGACCAGAAGGUCUCAAUUUUGCAGGAACUCUCUGUAGGGCAGCGUCAACUAUUUGCGCUCUGUCGAGCACUUGUGAAAGUCAGCUCCUUACGACAUUCUGGAUUGAAGCCUGUGGUCGUCUUGGACGAAGUUACAUCCUCCCUAGACCCUGUUACGGAAUCCACCAUCCAUCGUAUCAUCGACGAAGAGUUCACCGAGAGAGGCCAUACUGUCAUCAUUGUUGCUCAUAGACUUGGUGCCUUGGAGGAGCACACGAAAACUGGAAGGGAUGCUCUGGCACUGAUGGCAGAUGGUCAAUUACAAGAAGUCAUCGAACACCUAGGACCUGUGGUUUUCCAGCGUUUCAGGCAGCUGGAAUAG